CCGCUCUUUGUUCUUCAGUCUUCCUUUCCUUCAAUCUCUCUGUCUAUCUCACAGUUAAACGACUGUAAAUGGCAAGUCAACUCAAAGUGGAUGAACUCCGCUCCGAAUUAUGCAAACGAGGCCUUAGUACCACUGGAACCAAGCCCGCAUUGGUUCGGCGACUGGAGUCGGCGGUCAAAGAGGAGGAGGAGGAGAAAGGUAAGAAAUCCAGAGAUGCGGACGGAGAUUUAAUCAGUCGGAAAAGACAGAGGGAUGAUGAUAAUGGGGAUUCCAACGACAAAGUCAAAGCCACUGAAGAUUUUCAAGAAAUGAGCGUUAAAGAACUCCGCAAAGAAGCUAGUCUUCGAGGGAUUUCAACGACUGGGUCCAAGAAACAACUUAUUGAAAGGCUUUCAAGUGAUGCAGAUGCAGAUGCAGACAGGAAGGACGACGACCACAAUCUUGAAGAGGAAGACAAAAGUAAGAAGGCGAAACAAAUUACAGCGACCAAGAAGGGUGCAGCUGUAUUGGAUCAGUGGCUUCCGGAUGAGGUUAAGUCCCAAUACCAUGUUCUGCAAGAGGAUGAGGAUAUUUAUGAUGCCACCUUGAACCAGACAAACGUUGGGGAUAACAAUAACAAGUUUUACAUUAUUCAAGUUUUGGAAUCCGACGAUGGUGGAAGAUUCAUGGUUUUUAACAGAUGGGGUAGAGUUGGUUCAAAGGGUCAGAACAAGUUAAGUGGCCCCUACACGUCUAAACAGACUGCCAUUGAUGAGUUUCAAACCAAGUUCUAUGGGAAGACUAAGAACAAUUGGUGGGAGCGUCACGAGUUUGUUGCUCAUCCCAAGAGCUAUACUUGGUUGGAGAUGGACUACAGUAAAACUGACAAAGAAUCAACUGUCCAAGAACCAUCAGCAUCAAAAAUGGACAGGCAACCUCGUGAAACAAAGCUGGAAGCGCGGCUUGCAAAGUUCAUCUCUCUUAUCUGUAACGUCAGCAUGAUGAAGCAACAAAUGAUUGAAAUAGGAUACAAUGCUGAAAAAUUGCCUCUUGGUAAACUAAGCAAAUCAACAAUUUUGAAGGGAUAUGAUGUAUUGAGAAGAAUUGCAGACAUAAUUGGGCAGUCAGAUAGGGAAAUUCUUGAGCAAUUGAGUGGGGAGUUCUACACGGUUAUACCUCAUGAUUUUGGUUAUAGAAAGAUGCGUGAAUUUGUCAUUGAUACCCCUCAGAAGUUGAAAUCAAAACUGGAAAUGGUUGAAGCUCUUGGGGAGAUUGAGGUGGCAACAAAAUUGUUGGAGGAUGAUACUGCUAUGCAGGUGGAUCCUUUGUACUCCCAUUAUCAACGGCUUCAUUGUGAACUGACUCCCAUUGAAGCUGAUUCAAUUGAGUAUAAAAUGAUAGAGAAAUAUAUGAAGAACACCCAUGCAAAGACUCAUUCAAGUUAUAGUGUUGAUAUCAUUCAAAUCUUUAGGGCUUCAAGAGAAGGCGAAUCUGAACGCUUCAAGAAGUUUUCUAAGACACACAACAGGUUGCUCUUAUGGCAUGGUUCUAGGCUCACAAACUGGACUGGAAUUCUAUCACAAGGUUUGAGAAUUGCUCCUCCAGAAGCACCGGUAACAGGUUAUAUGUUUGGGAAAGGUGUUUAUUUUGCAGAUAUGUUCUCCAAAAGUGCAAAUUAUUGCUAUUCAUCUUCCAAUGCAGAUGCCGGUGUGCUGCUGUUGUGCGAGGUUGCACUGGGGGACAUGGCUGAACUGCUACACGCAGACUAUAAUGCAGACAAGUUGCCUCAGGGGAAGCUGAGCACAAAAGGAAUCGGUGCUACUGCGCCAGACUCUUCCGAGUCUCAAAUGCUUGAAGACGGCGUCAUAGUUCCCUCAGGUAGACCAAAGCAACUAGGAACCAAGGCUAGUCUUCUGUACAAUGAGUACAUAGUUUACAACGUGGAGCAGAUAAAGAUGCGAUACGUUUUGCAAGUAAAGUUCAAUUACAGGAGAUAUGUGGUUCAAAAGGUUUGAUUAUAUAAAGGGUUUGAUUUCUGUGUUCUCCUGCCGCUCUGUGUGUGUGUAUAUAUUUAUUUAUUUUUGGGUGGUUUUGGAAAGAGGCGGGAACCGGGCUGUUUCAUAUCACCAUGUAUGACAAAAUCGAUCUUCCAAGUCAUUACGCUUGUUCUUAUUGGAGUACCCUUCUCUCUCUCUCUCUGGGUGUAUAAAUUGGUACCCAAGAGUAUGAGGAGGACUGAAUUUUCUUCCCGUGAUAAAUGGCCUCUGUUCUGCU